AUGGGGUGUAAAACACUGUGGUCUUCACGCCUGGGGAGAACAGAGACAUAUGGCCCCGCAGGCAUGCAUGAGUUGGGUUACUCUGCACCAGACUGGCAUAAAACACUCUUGUCUGACAUUGGAUCUGAAGGGAGGGCUAACAAGGACCCUUUCAUAACUAAGGAUGAAGAACCAGGCACUUACAGGCCUUAUGAUCUCGGAGAGGAAAUGGGAGUCUGGGUGAACAACUCUGAUGGCAUAACCCCUGCUGUUGGAAAGGCCUGGCCCCCCGGAGACUCGGUGUUUCCUGACUACACCAACCCCAGGACAGUUGAGUGGUGGACCCAGAUGUGUCUGGAGUUUAAGGAUGUCCUUGACUACGAUGGAAUCUGGAUUGAUAUGAAUGAACCGUCCAAUUUCUUAAGAGGCCAGUAUCCUGGAUGUGCUGUUAAUGAUAUCAAUAACCCUCCUUACGUUCCUAGCAUUUCUGAUCGUUCCCUGGCGCAAAAGACAUUGUGUCCCGACUCCAAGACUUACCUUGGAGAGCAUUAUAACACACACUCUCUCUUCGGCUGGUCACAGACAGCACCAACUUUCCAUGUUGCCCAGCAGGCAACUGGAAAGAGAGCGUUUGUCUUGAGUCGGUCUACAUUCGUUGGCAGUGGGAAGCAUGGGGGUCACUGGCUGGGUGACAACUUCUCUCGAUGGAAGGACAUGCACCAGUCAAUCAUUGGAAUCCUGGAAUUCAACCUCUUUGGCAUCCCCUACAUUGGUGCUGAUAUCUGUGGCUUUAACUACGACACUACCUACGAACUCUGCUUGCGCUGGAUGCAGCUUGGCUCUUUCUAUCCAUUUUCCAGAAACCACAAUGCAGAGGGAAAUAACGAACAAGACCCAGCAGUGUUUGGAGAAGAGUUUGCCAAGAUAUCUCGUGCUACGCUUCGGAUUAGAUACUCACUGCUGCCAUACUUAUACACCUUGUUCUUCGAGUCUCAUGUUCAUGGAGGCACGGUGGUGCGGUCAUUGAUGCAUGAAUUUACCUCUGAUCAGCAGACUCAUGGAAUAGAUACCGCCUUCCUUUGGGGACCUGCUUUUAUGAUUGCGCCCGUUCUUCAAGAGGGAGCAAGAUCUGUGGAUGUAUACUUCCCUGAAGCACCAUGGUUUGACUACUACACCGGUACUAAACUGUCAAAUACCUGGAGAAAGAACUAUGUCACUGUGGCUGCUCCAUUGACCAAGAUCCCUCUGUUCAUCCGUGGAGGCUACAUCCUGCCAGAACAGGCACCAGCCACGACCACUACUAAGAGCCGUCUGAAUCCAUUUGGGCUCAUUAUCGCCCUGGAUGAACAAGGAGAAGCUUCUGGGUCUCUCUUCUGGGAUGAUGGUGACUCCAUCGAUACUAUUGAAAAAGAGAACUACUUCUUGGCUAAAUAUACAUACAGCAAAGUAAGUAGCAGCAUACAAGAUACCUACAUACAUACAGGUCGCUCUCAGCCUUUAAACCUGGGAAACCUGAAGACAGAAAUACUUAAAAAUGGCUACCGAGGGGCUGACGUUCUGAAGUACAACAAAAUUACCAUUCUUGGCCUGAAACUGACGCCUCAUGCUGUUGCUCUGAAUGGAAGAGCCAUUCACGGAGACGCUUUCUCUUAUGACAUGAGUGGGCCUGGAGGACCAGGCCAACAGGAGCCUCAUGGGUUUCAACGCAGACAAAUGCAAAGCCCUGCAUUUGGGACGGAUAAGCCCAGGCAUGGGUACAGGAUGGGGUCUGAGUCGCUGGAUAGCAGCUCUGCAGCAAAGGUGUUGGCAGACAAAAAGCUGACCAUGAGUAAGCAGGGCACCCUGGCAGCCAUGAAGGUUAACAGCGCUCUGGGUGCAUGA